CCGGCCAAGAGGCCGGGCCCUAAUCUAGUAUAUGAUAUGAUAGGUACACUUUCAUUUUAUGAUUUUUAUCAUGAUUAAAAAAAGCGUGCUUAAACUUACACUUGGUUCAACACCAAAAUGUCUCGCCUAGGGGUUUCGCAUCGUGUUAGAAAUGUCGAACCGGUUGCAAAGUACGACGACAAUUAAUUGUCUUCUAGGUAUAAUUAGGAGAAGCUAAGCGAUCAAUAUUAAAAGGAAAAAAUAAAUAGCAUCCACACAUACAUUCCUUUCUCCGUUCUUUUCAAUAACUCAAGAAUUUUACGAGCUAUUGAGCUCUAAUUCUAUUAACUUCUAAUUUUUUUUUAAUUGUAAAGAGUUAAAUAGGUUAUUGAUCAUUAUAACUAAAGUACAAGUUAAUGUAAAACAAAUUUGUCAUUAUCAUUUAAGGGUUAAAGACACAUUUGGUCACUGAGAUUACUAAAUCGGGACAUGUUUAGUCACUGUAAAAAGUUAAUAUCAAAUUUGGUCACUACAAUUACUAAAAUUGGACACAUUUAGUCACUCGCCGUUAGUUGCCGCCCAACUCCGUUAAAAGAGUCCGUUAUGUGCUGACGUGGCUAACGUGAGCGCCUAGUCAGCGAUGUUUUGGGCCGGAAAUGGUCAAACCCGACCUGCCACGUCACUAAACCAGCCACGUAUUAAACCCAACCCGACCCAGAACCAAAGCCGAUCCAGUUAACAAAACAAAAUUGGAAAAUCAUUCGGGUUAGUGACAUUUUCAGACCCGGAACCCUUCUCCUUCCUCCCGAAGCUCUGCUCAUUCAAUUUCAUCUACCAUUUUCGAUAGAACACAUCAGAGAGCAGAGAGAGAUGGAGCCAGCGACUCUACCCCUUGACCCCCUUGUCCCAGAUCCUUCGUCGAAGUCGACUUCUUCUUCGUCGCGCGCCGGCUUCAGUUCCCCCAUCGCAGCAGACAAAGAAACCCUAAGAUCCAGCUGCGAAUCCGCUCUGUACUUCUUCUUCUUCUUCGCGCUUCCCCCAUCACAGCAGUGGACGAAACCUCUAAAUCGAUUCCCCCAUCGCGCUGACGUCAGUUUCCCGUCUCCUGUAAUUGUCCUGGUAGAGGCACUGACCGGAGUGGCAGGAUGAGACGUCGAGGGUGGCACACUCCGGUGAGCUGCAGAAGAGCAGGGAGUAGGAGGAGGAAGGCCGGUUGAAGAUCAGGUCUGUUUGCUUAGCCAGGCCCGGGAGAAGUACUCCCCGCUGCCCUGGUUUGCCCGGAUGUGACGGAAGUCGAUAAAUCGGACUGAGAAAGGAAAUGGGGGGAGUCAGAAUCGAGUAGAGGGGUGAGGUCGGAGUAAGAGAGGAGGAGCUUGGCGGAGAUCGACGGGGCAGAGUCGCGGCGGAGCCUAGCAGAGGUGAGAGGUUUGUAGUCCGGGUGGUUGGAUCUGACGACCGAUCAUCUUGAGAGGACGUCGAGGGAUGAUGGGGGGAGACGUUGAGCUUGAUGGGGGAAGAAGAAGCUUGUUCUUCGGGUUCUUGUUCGGUGAAGGUAGUGGAUUGAUGGUCGAAGGAGAGGAUGUGGUGAGCUCGGUGGAGUGAAACGGAAGGGGCGGAUUUGCCGGCGAUGUGAAAUGGAAUGGGGAGAAGUGGAGAGACGUGGUAGAGAUGGAGAAUAGGGUCGGGUUUGGUUAUGGGUCCGGUUGGGUUAGUGGAUUGGGUUGGAACAAUGACGUGGCGGGUUUAGUGAUGUGGCUGGUCGGGUUUGAAUAUAUUUGGUCCAAAACAAUGCUGACUAGGCGAUUCUGUUAGCCAUGUUAGCACAUAACGGACUCUUUUAAUGGAGUUGGACGGCAACGAACGGCGAGUGACUAAAUGUGUCCUGUUUUAGUAAUUAUAGUGACAAAAUUUGAUAUUAACUUUUUUUAGUGACUAAACAUGUCCCGAUUUAGUAAUGUUAGUGACCAAAUGUGUCUUUAACCCUAUCAUUUAAUACUAACUACUAUUUUUGUUUCCAACACUUACGCGACACCUAAGUGCACUAGGCGUUAGGCAAGACCCCAAUGCCGACCUUACGACUAGAGCUUUCUUGAACCUUAGUUUCUAUACUAUCUACUAUUAAUUUCUUGUCCGCUAGAAACCUCUGGCAUUAUAUUCCUUAGAAUACUACUUUGUAUACUUAGUCAAGAACCAGUUUAUCUAAAUAACACGAGUUGUUGGGAGAGUUUCAAUAAUGGAUCUUAUAUCAUUCACUAACACACUCCCUCAAACGAAAGUCAUUCAACUCAUAAGGGAAGUCGUUUGCACAAGUCCGAAUACACGAUACCAUGUGCUUCACAAACGGGGGUCACCGACAUUCGAACACAAGACCUUUCUGUCACACAAGACUCUAAUACCAUGUCAAGAGCCAGUUGAUCCCAAUAACUCGAGUUGUUGGGAGAGGUUCAAUAAUGAAUCUAAUACCAUUCACUAACACACCCCUCAACGAAAGUCAUGCAACUCAUAAGGGUUGUUGUUUGCACGAAUCUGAAUACACGAUACCAUGUGCUUCACAAACGAUACCAUGUGCUUCACAAACAGGGUAACCGAGAUUGUAACAGUGAGUUGCAUAGCACACCUGAGUUACUUGCUGCCUGUCUCCCAGCUUAUGUCUCGUUUGCAGGCUCGUCAAAAAGCCGUGUCCAGAAUCCUUGUCUCACGGAUUUUAAUAACAUCACAAGCUCUCUUUUGUGAACAUCAUGUAAACAUACCCCUUUAUGGUUAAGUUAUAUAAGAGCUAGUAUACAAGAAAUCAGCUAUUAUGAAUGGAACGCUCUCGAGCAAGAUUCAUGUAUCACGGAUGACUACAAUAAACUAAUCCUCAAGAC